AUGACUGGCUUUGACCCCAGGCAACCAAUUACGGAUCCAUCCGUAUUUUCCCCUAGGGGAAUGUACGUGGACAACCGCAGUGGCAAUAAGGGGACUCAAGACGACGAUGAUGACGACGUCAAAGCCUUCGUUUUCGAUGCUUCCGAUAUGAAAGCGCUGAACCGAUUCCUGGGCACGGGAAGAAAACUACAAACCACUCGCUCAGAGUAUCUCAGGUGGUUAGGAAUCUCGGACACGCCGGGUGAAAUCAGUGCAGCCCUCGGAAAAGAACUGGAAUCCCUUCUCAAAACGUAUACUUCGAUCAAAAGCGACUGUACGCAGUUCAAGGAUGUAACAUGGAACAGAAUUGUCGAUAUUGCCGGGGACAUCAAGUCCUACGCCACCAUGUCAGGCGGAAAAGAAAGCACCUCGUACUACGUGCUCAUGCUCAAGUUCAUUGGGGACUACCACGAAGAAAACAAGAAACCCAACCCGGACAAGGCGAAACUCGCAGAAUUGAAGGAAAGUAUCCAGUUCACCGUCGACGCUGAGCUUAAAAAGCUGGGCGAACUGCAGGCUGGUGCGCAGGAAGCUCUUACAGGCCUUGGAGCUUUUGAAAGAGUGUGCGAGCAACAUGGCCUCGCUGUAGAAACGAAUGCAAACUCUCUUGAAGCACAGUUGAAGAAAGAGGGCAACGACAUUGAGACUAUGAAGAAGAAAAUCGAGGAGGCACGCGCAGAAAUUGAUGACUUGCAGGGCCAAAUUGAUGGAAAGAACCAAGCAAUCAAUGAUGCUCCAAAGUACAUGUGGGUCAUCACAAGCUGGCCAAUCGGCACUGCUAUCGGCACCGGUAUUGUCGUGGAAGCCAAAAAGGCCAUCAAGAGAUUGAAAGAGGCCAUGGAAAAGGUGAAGAAGGUUCUGGACGACUACGAGUCCAAGAUGAAGACUGCAUCUCGUCUGGAGACAAAUCUCAAGUUCAUAAGUAAACAAGUCAAGGACCUCGGUACAGAGAUUGGACCUGCCAUCAAGACCUUGCAAAAGCUCCAGGGAGCUUGGAAGAGCAUGGAGACGGAUCUCUCAGCCAUCAAGGACUUGAUCGAGUUUGAUACGGACAACAUUCCGCCCAUGUUGAUCACUAGGCCGCAGUUGCAGGGCAUUGUUGACGAAUGGAACGAGCUGAAGGAUUACGCGAGCAACUAUAUUGAGAAUGCGUAUAUUAGCGACGAACCAAAGGCUGUGAGUAUUGCAGAGUAUAUUUCUGAACUGGAGGAUGCAAUCAUGAGAAUUGAGGCGAUGGAGAAGGGUCAGUAA